AUGCGUUUUUUCCUUGCUUCCCUUUUGCUGGCUGCGGCUGCUAUCGUCAGUGCUGACUCAGGCGAUAAGAUCGGGUCCAUCCAUACCGACCAGAUGUGCACCUCAAAGGGUGUUGACCUUAUUGAUAACAAAUGCACUCCCUAUCCCCAAGGAUCUAUAAACUUGACUGCUGAUGCCGCUAUCUGCUUCGCUUUCCCAGAUGAGGACUGUAACGAGCCCACUAUAACUCCAGACAGCGUUAAGUUCGAGAAGGGGUGUGAGCUUACUGAGAAGUUGGCCGGAGGUAAAGGUUUCCUCACAUGCUAUGGAGAGUCCAGAAAGCCUGGCAAGGGGGAUAAGUAAAUUAUUGAGCCAUGGUAUUAGACAGAACAUAAUGAGCCUGGAUGAUUGCGUCGUUAGGUAAUCCCAAACACACAUAGAAUGAAGAAAAUGACCAUCUACGUGUUCAUGCACUAAA